CCGGGUGCUUCGGAAGUCGAGUCCAGUCGAUAGUUCUAGUUCAGUUUUGUCCUCUGCAGUAAAAUGGCCGCGCUGGUUCUCGGUGUUAAGAGAACUUUGGCACUCGGUGCCCGAGCUUUUCUAACAGUCGCACCUAAAGUGGCUGCUAGUAAUGCUCCUCAGAAAUUCAUCCACUCUAAGCAAUGGAAUGGAUACCAAAGUUCUUCGUUGUUGGUGUCGAAACAGACUGCUGACCUGAAAAGGUUCUACUCUGGAGGUGCACCUUUAACAUUAGAACUCAUUCGGGAUAGAGUACUUCUUGUUUUAAAGCUUUUUGACAAGGUUAACCCUGAAAAGAUAACUGUGGACUCUCAUUUCAUCAAUGACUUGGGUUUGGACUCUUUGGACCAUGUGGAAAUUAUCAUGGCUAUCGAGGAUGAAUUUGGAUUUGAAAUACCUGAUGGUGAUGCAGAGAAAUUGGCAAGGCCUGCAGAUAUAAUUCGUUACAUUGCUGAUAAAGAUGAUGUAUAUGAAUAAGUUACGAUUUCCUGUUAGCAUUUUAUUGUUAAAUAUGUACAUAAGUAGUGCUUAUGUAUCAGGGUGCUUAAUAUCCCUGAACAAUGGAGAGAAAUGUGCUACCAAAACCUAGCAAGUUUUGAACAAAGUGAUGAAUUUAAUUUUCAAUGGCAUACUGUUCUUUUCAUUACCCUGAAAUUACCACAUUGUAUCAAGAAUUUCCAUAACAGGCUGCGUGUAUCCUGUCCAAUUUGUUUAUGUAUGAUCUACACAUGAUCAGCAAAAAAACUUGCAUUGAGUUUGUCUUUUAUAAUUGUCAUAAAUAAAAAUUUUAAGUCAAGGA